UACUGAGAACAAAUGACAAAGGAGACAGAGACGAUAUAAAAUAGAGUGUGAGGAGAGUUUAUGAACAGAAAGUGACAGAGUGGUGAGUGCAGAUAUGAUGAGGUCCGGGUGUGUCGCUUUGGCCCUGCUCUUAUUUGUAAAAGGUUCGUUUUGCCAGCGGAAUGUAUGUGGUCGUGCGACUUUAAACAACCGUAUCGUGGGCGGACAAAGCGCCACAUCUGGUGCGUGGCCAUGGCAGGUCAGUUUGCACAGCCUUUCCUUCGGCAGCCAUUUUUGUGGAGGAUCCCUCAUCAACAACCUCUGGGUCAUAACCGCAGCGCACUGUUUUGAAAGCUUCUCUGAUCCCAGUGACCUGGUGGUGUACUUGGGGAGACAGACUCAGGAGGGCUACAAUCCCAAUGAGAUCUCCAGAGGUGUUACAAAGAUCAUCAAUCACCCCAAGUAUGACACAGUAACCAAAAACAACGACAUCACUCUGCUGCGUUUGAGUCGCACUGUCACCUUCACAAACUACAUCAGACCUGUGUGCCUGGCUGGUCAGGGCAGCAGUUUUGUCUCUGGAACUAGAUGUUGGAUCACAGGAUGGGGAAACAUCAAUUCUGGAGUGUGGCUGCCCUCUCCUGGUGUGCUGCAGGAGGUAGCAGUCCCACUUGUUUCUAGAAGUGUGUGCACCAAGCUACUGCAACCUCAAGCCAUUACCCAGAACAUGAUUUGUGCUGGAUUCCUGGAAGGUGGAAAAGACACCUGCCAGGGCGAUUCUGGAGGUCCGAUGGUGACUAAGCAAGGUGCGAUCUGGAUUCAGUCUGGUAUCACUAGCUGGGGGGUAGGUUGUGCUCAGCCUGGCUUACCUGGUGUGUACACAAUGGUGUCGCAGUACCAGGCCUGGAUAUCCAGCCUCAUCAAAACAAACCUACCUGGCUUUGUCAGGAUUCCCUCUGCAGGCUAGUCCAAGCAGGUGCUCAUACAGUCACAGCGGAUGACAGUACAGCGGAUGACAAUUACAUACAUGAGAUAAACAUUAGUCUACAUAUAGUAUAUAUUAGUUUAGAAUAGCAUUACUUAAGGUGUAAUGGAGUAGAUGUGAUCACCUUGUAUGCGGGGAAAAAAAGCUUGCCUUAACUGAUUAAUAAAUAUACAGCAGCAUGAGA